UGAUUGGUCCAAUAUAUCUCGUGAUCACAUUGCACUGAAAGGGGCCAGUCUGGAAAAUUCCCGGUGUUGCAAUAAUGGCGGACUGUCCUUUGUAAUGAAUAAAAACUGGGGUUUCCAAGUUCAAGAAUAGAAACCUGGAAAAUCCAACUUGUGCACAAUACUGACGACGUCACACUACAUGAUCACGCCACUCCCUCUUUAGAAACUGGCACGACUGGAGCACCCUGCACUCUGCAUAAUUUUGAGGCAGAUUUUAUGAGUAUCAAUUCAUACUCGUAUACUGUCUGACUGACUGAUAAUUAAAAGUGAUAUUAAUUCAGUCAGGAGGAGCAAGAUUGUUCCUCUUUGUUGGAAUGCGAAUCCCGAAUGGUUACUGACUGGUGGGAUCCACCGAGACUAAACUUCGCGCUGCUGUCCUUAGUUGUCAUCCACACAUGAAGAUAGUGACCUGACCGGUAAAAAUGGCAACGAAUUUUGUAGAUACGUCAGACUUCACAGGAAGAGCUCUUCUGGUGGAAGGCAUCGGCAGUGUACACUCACAAAUGCAAACUGCUGAUAAGAUAACCAUCCAUUUUCAAAAGAAGUCGAACAGAGGCGGUGAUGUGACAAAAGUGCUCUAUCCACUGGACUCCAACCGUGAUGCUGCAAUUGUAGUGUUUGAUGAUGCAGAACAACGAGAGUCUGCAUUGCUUCAUCGACAUGUGUUUCAUGAAGUCAGUUUAAGAGUGCAAAGAUUGCCACCUAUCUUCAGAUCAGUAGAAGUUGAGAUUGACCCAGUUUAUGUCAAGCUUCUGCCUAACAUUGUCCACGGUUUGAUGCGCAGUCAAGGGUCUUCUAGGACCUCUAGUUUGGGCAGACAGAAUAGCCAUAAGAUGUCUUUCUCAUCUUUCAGUGAGUUAAGAUAUGCAGAGGAGGAAGUAUAUAACGCUAUUGCCAGACAAAGUGAGACAUCUACUUUUUCCUCAACAGCAUCAGGUUUUUCUUCUCCUGAACAGGUUGAUCCUGAGGUCUUAAUUUGUCGCCCUACAACAGAAAGAGACAACCCCUCUGCCGAAGAAAGGAAUUUUGAAGAUGAGGUUGGUCAGGAAGGAAACAGAUACCAGUCAGAAGAUGGUGGUCCUGAGGUAUUUCAUGGUCAGCGGAAAACAGAAAGAGAUAACCCCUCUGCCGCCCAUGCAGCUUGUGACAUGAAGAUUGAGGAAAACGAAACGAGUACCACAGAUGUUGCAAUGAAAGGCCAACAAACCAGUGGCAAUGCUGAUGAUGGUUCCGCGACUGAAACAGAUCACACUGUUAUCCUUGACAUGUUUUCUUUCAGCUUCUUGAAGAAAUUUGAAAAGGCUGCAAUUGAGAAGAUUUUGAAAAAAUAUAAAGUUAGAUGGGUCCAGAAGGAAUGCAAUUUCUCAGUCAAGGUAACCUUUUUACCAUAUAAGAGCAAACCAUCAACAAUCGAGAUUCAAAAAGCUGUUGAUGAAUUCACUACACUCUAUCGGACAACUCAUGGUACGUUAUCCAGGAAAACAGUGGAUUGUCCUUCUGUAAUAAGUGUCGAUUUAUUAGAGAAGGCAGCUUCAAAGACUUCCAAGUGCUAUCAGAAUGAUGUCUUUAUCGAACGGCUUCCUGGUUCUCCUGUUCGCUAUGUCUUUCUCAGCACUGUUGAUGUUGAAGAGGUUGUGAAGUACUUCAAAAAGUUAGCAGACAUAAAGUCAUCAAAGAAGCUAAAAACUCCCUCUUCUAAAGAUACAAAGACUGCAUCCCCAGAUAGCACAGGGUCUCAGUUUGGCCACACUCAGGUUGGUCGUGAAUCGUGUUUUCCUUCAACCAUCAGUUACAGCUCAGCACUAAUUGGACCAAGUAGUAGUCCCCCACAAUCAACAGGUGUAUUGGGCGAUGUACACUUUGUAACCAAUGAGGGGAUACAUAUUUGCAUUCGGAAGGGUGACAUUACCAUGCAACGAGUAGAAGCAAUUGUCAGUCCCUGUCAGCAAAACCUGCGUAAAACAGCAGGAGCAGCAAUGGCAAUUGAGAAGGCUGCUGGGUUUCAAUUGAAAAGUUGGUGUCUUGACUACUUGCAGAAGAACAAUUUUUACCAGGUGGAUGUGAUGAAAUGUCUUAUUUCACCAGGAUUUAACCUGUGUCCCACUAUUAUCCAUGCAAUCGGCCCUUAUUCAUCAUACAAUAUUCAGAAUUUCAUGAAGGAGUUGUACCACACCUUUCUGAACUGUUUAUGUACAGCUAAUCUUCACAAGAUUACGUCUAUGGCAAUGCCACUGAUUGGUUCAGGCAUGACUGCUGGCCCAAAAAAAGAUUGUGCUGAUGCACUUGUUGAAGCAGUAUUUGACUUCAGUUGCCAAGGAAACAAAACUAAAGAUCUAAGGGACAUCUACCUAGUGAACAUUGACGGGGAAGCUUCUGAGGCAAUAAAGUUGUCUUUUGAGGCAAAGUUCCAGACCCCAGUCACAAACCGAUCUGUCCCAGCAGCUACCAAAGCUGGAGAUGAUGUUCCUGAUGCAGCACAUAGGAUGAGUGAGGAGAGCGCCAGGCUAUCUGACAUUCAGAACGCUCAGAAUGGCUUGAAAGAAAUGGCAGCUGCUCCAAGUAAAGGUGGCUCUGAUCAGUUCAAAUCUGAUAAAGCAUCUGGCACCAAAUCAUCCACAAUGAGCUCCGAAACAAGCUCUGCUGGUGACAAAACAGCUGAUGAUUCGUGCCCUAUCUGCUUAACGGAUGUCAACAAAGAUACACCUGUGCGGGUAUUGAGCUGUAAGCAUUGGUUCUGUGAAACAUGCAUUAAAGAACAUUUACGGAGCAGUUACAGGUGCCCUAUAUGCCGAGCAGUGUGUUGCCAACCGAAAGGAAACCAACCAAAGGGAACUAUGAAAGAACAAACAGAAUAUUAUGACCUUCCUGGCUUCAAAGGAGUUGGUUCCAUCACAAUCACCUAUGACUUACCAGGUGGGAAGCAAUUGGAUGGUCAUCCAAACCCAGGGAAGCCCUAUUUCGGUGCUACACGUACUGCGUACCUCCCCAACAACCCAGAAGGACGUGAAGUUGUUUCUCUUCUGAGGAAAGCAUUCGAUGCAGGACUUGUGUUCACCAUUGGACGGUCAAUCACCACUGGAACAGAAGACACUGUCACUUGGACUAGCAUUCACCAUAAAACAAGUCGUUCUGGUGGACCAUCUAACUAUGGAUAUCCUGAUGCUGGUUACCUGAAGAGAGUGAAGGAAGACCUAGCUUCAUUGGGCAUAAAGUAGACCUAGACACAUCUUGCUGAUCAUAUUCAGUCUAGGAGGACUGACUCCACACACGCAAGUUUGUAUACGCCUGCAACCGUGGACCUCCUUGUCCCUCUUUUGCAACAGCUCCCAUUGGUUUUGUACACGUUUUCCAUCUUUGGACGUUUCCCGAACCGUGUACCUUUUGUCCUCUGUUUUUAUAGGUCCCCGGGUUAAAUGUGGGGAUAUACCUACUCACCCUGAGAUGGAUUUCCAAUCUAAUGAAACUAAAGGAACACGUUGCCUUGGAUCGGUCGAGUUGGUCUUUGAAAAGCGUUUGGAACUGUUUGUUAUGAAAUGCAAUUGGUUGUUAGGUAGAUAAUAUAAAAGUAGAAUAUAAUGAUCUACACAAACAUCCCUCAAAAUUUUGUGGAGUCAAAAUU